AUGACACGAAAACGCCACAAAACUUCGCGCUCUCACAGUCAGUCUUAUCAGUACAAAGAGCUGCCUCAAGAUGGAUCCUUCCGCUACAUUAUCCUUCACCGUGGCACAGGCAAUGACCCACUCAGAUGCAGUUUACGGACAGCGCCUUUAUCAAAAACGAAAUUUGAGGCUAUUUCGUACGUCUGGGGAAAGAGCAAGAAGAACAAAAAGAUCAUCUGCGAUGACCGCAUCAUCAAGAUCACGAAGAGUUUGUCCAAUGUGCUAAGACGCGUCCGACUUCCUUAUAGACGGCGUAAGCUAUGGGCUGAUGGGAUCUGUAUCAAUCAAGAUGAUCUCGAUGAGAAAGGCCAUCAAGUUGCGAUCAUGGGGGAUAUUUACCGCUCAGCAAAGUGUGUUCUGAUCUGGGUUGGAUCCAUCGAUGAUGGCCAUGGGCCGCAACUGUGCUCUUUGUUAGACGACGUCAAUCGGAUGAUAGACGAUACUUGCAAGCAGAUCGACAUGUCGUGGGACUCUUUUCCCUAUCCUGAGGAGAACGAUCCUAUUUUGUCGGACUCCCGAUGGACAUCUCUAUUUCAUCUUUUCCAUCAAGAUUGGUUCAAGCGCGGUUGGGUUGUCAGGGAAGCGGCCUUCGCGCAGUAUGGUCUGGUCAUCUGGCACCAAAGCGAGUUUGACUGGGAAGAGUUGAUGCGCGUAUAUUCGUGGCAGUUUCGCCGUGCAGAAUCGCAAUUUUAUGCACUUGGAUUCCACACUACGUCAAUUCAAAGCCAUUACGAUGCUUUCAGACACCGCAAUAAGAUCUUGGACAAAAUCUUCAGAGCUGAGCAAGAUUACAUGCCGCAAUCCGUUUUAGAAGACCUUGACAUCGCGAGAGUGCUGAAACUGUCAGAUCCGCGCGACAGAAUUUACGCUUUUGUGGAAUUGUCAGAAGAUCCUAAAUGGGUGGGUAGCACACAGCCUGACUACAAUCUAGCACCUACGGAAGUGUAUCGGCUAUUUGCAAUACAGUACAUACAAGUAACGAAGAGUACCCGACCAUUAGACUAUGUUGCUCAUGGACUCGAUGUUGGUUCUGUUGAUAUACCUUCAUGGGUACCCCGCUGGGAUAUCGUUUGGUGGUCUAUUGCGUCAAAGAUUCCAAAUUAUGGCGUACCGCUCAGUUCCCGCGACGGAUCCUUUAGUGAGCCGAAAAUCAUGCACGAUGGGGUUCUUUCCGUAAAGGGCGUUAUUACAGAUUAUGUACGAUAUAUUUCAGAUGCCUUCGAAUUUAAUACAACGACAACGCAAAUAAUGAGUGCGCUAUGGAAAACUAUGAGUCACAUGCUUGAGAACUCACCUUACGGGUCUUCUCGUAGAAUGGACGCCUUCUUUGAUGCUUUGACCCUUGGUAUACACUACGGGCCGUGGACACAGUGGCGGCAAUGGAGAGCUUCGUUCAUGGCAUAUAUCGAAGCCGAGCACGGGGUGUUUGCUACCAGCCAACAAUCCUACCAUGAGCACCUGUCACCAGACGAUAGCAGCUUUUUGGAGCAGUUUCUCGAUCCUAUAGGGCAAAAAUUGGGCGGUUCCCGAUUCAUCGUCACGAACCGCGGAUACAUGGGUUUAGCUCCAGUUGUUACCCAAACAGGAGAUACAUGUGGGAUCAUCUUCGGUUGCCACAUACCUUGCAUUCUACGACAAGUCGCUCAGGAAAAACACUAUAAGUUUCUUGGAGGAACAUAUCUGAUGGGGAAGCAGGGGUACGAAUUAGCAGGAGGUAGUGUUCAAUUCGUUGACCCGCUGGGCCACGAUGAUAGCAAAGAUUGGGUAGAAUGGGAUGUAGAAGAACAGGAUAUUUACUUAGUCUGA